AUGGCAGCUCGCGACCAAGUCCUUGCGCUGCCAGAAUUGACGGCGAAUAUCCUGCUACAUGUUGACCAGCAAACGCUUCUCAUCUCAGCACAGCGCGUCUGUAAAGCAUGGCGAGAUCUAAUCCAUUCCGUCCCAUCUUUAACGCGCCACCUCUUCCUCGACAUCCGUCCAGCCAGUGACGGGCCCUACGCUAAGCAGCCGCGGCGAUUCAACCCUCUUUUAAUGAAAGCAUUCCCCUCCUUCUUCAAACAGAUCGCGCAUGGCGAAGAGCCUCCUAAACCGCACAGCAAAGACAUCAGACACACUUUUGAAGAUACGGGAAUCUUUAAAGCACGACCCCAGGUCCAACUGACACAGCGGGAUCCCGACAGAACCAUCUACAGCGCGGAUGAGUGGAAAGAAGCCUACGAUCGUGAAGUAGACAUAGAGUCUCAAAACCCGUUUCUACGGCACGGUGCCUCUUGGCUGCGCAUGCAUGUCUGCGAUCCACCAAUCACGCAGAUUGGGCUGCAUAGUACCACCAUCUCCCGUGGGUUGAAUAUGCUUACGUAUAACGACUUGGAAAAAGACGACGGUCUACGAAUGGAUGACCUAUACCGUUAUUUACUCCUCUUUGCUGCCCAUAGCCCGAGCCCGGACUUUUCUGUUCUGUGGCCCAGGCAGGAGCCGCACGCCUUCACUGUCGAAGUGCAAGAGUUUGAUCCAGACAACAGCGCCGACUCUUUAAGGACAUUCAAGCGUGUACAUAAAGUGGUGGAGCCGCCGGUGCUGAUACAAAAGUCCACAUUCCAUAGCUGUAUGCGACGGUUUGACGACCGCCAAUUCCUGUAUAUUUCCGUGGGAUAUUCCUUUUUCGGCGGCAAGGAUAGGAGAAUGGCGGAGCUGUAA